UUGGUUCUAAUGGUACAGCCCGAAUCUCCGAGAAAUGCUCGUAGGAGGGUCGUAGGAGAGACCAUUCUGUUAUCGGGGUGGACUUGGGGGCGGAAUAGGAGGCGAGGGGGCAGCUGUUGGCUCUUUUUAUUGUUCAGGGCUGAAGUUUUUAUAAAUAAAAAAAUUAACUCCCUUUCUAUGGGUGGAGGCCGGAUGAGGAGAGGGGAGAGUGCCUUCGUCUCAGAUUUUUAAAAGUGGGUGGAAAAGAGGACACCCGGCCUUGAAAUAUCCCAAAUUUUGGGGUGGGGGAUUGGAAUGAGAAAAAUAAAAGGCUGCUCAAAAAAUAAAAAUAAAAAGAGGGAGGUGAAGUACAGCCGCCACGGGGGAGGAGAAAAGAGCAGGGAACCCCCCCCCACUUUCCAUAAAGUCCCAAAGAAAAUGGGGAAUGAUGAGAAAAAUGGUCCUUUUACCGCAUGCUUCCCCCCCAUUACACAAACAGUAAUUGUGAAAGAAAAACGGGGUGUGGGGAAAAGGGGGGGAAAUACACCAGGUGGUCCCUCAAAAAAGUGUGUGUGGGGUGGAGGUGGAGUGGAUUUUUAAGAGGUGUCAAGAGAGACUAUCUCAUACUCUUAAAAAAAGUCUUUAAAAUGGAGUGGGGGGGGGGAGUAGGAAAAAAUCACUCUUGAAAAGUAGGAUUCCAGUCCUGGGGGUAAGAAUGAGUUCCUCCCCACUUUCUAUCAGAAUCCAGAAGAAAAUUGGGGUGGGGGAGUGAAAUGGAUUUAAGACGAGAACAUAAUAUAUAGAUCUACCACCCACUCAAUUCAGAUCUCCAGAAAUAAAAUGUGAUGGGGGCACAGUUUAAACACAACACAGCCUUCUCUUCCUCUUCUUUAUAUGGGAGAUGAAGGGUGGCAAGAGAUUCUAGCUAGCAAAGAGGUAGGGUGGCUAGAGAAGCUAGGGCAGGGAUGGGCAACCUGUGACCCUGCCGGACUACGACUCCCAUCAUCCCUGACCAUGCUUGGCUGGGGCUGAUGUGUCCAAUAACAUCUGGAUGGCAAAAGGUACCUCGUCCUUGUGCUAGAGAGAAACAGAUUCCCCCCUCGCAAUGUCAGGGGCAAGUUCCAGGGGUUGGAAUAACAAGUGAAGAGAUGAAAGUUGCUUGCCCAGUACGUUAGGAGGAGAGGCUGGAGUGAAGAGCACAAAGACCCACCUCCGUGCAAGAGUUUAAAAGAAGUUUUUGGGUGGGGGAGAGAAUGAAUUGAAUUCCUGCCCCAAAGAGGCAGGAUGGAAAGAGGAAGCAUGACCCAUAAUGGUCAGGACUGCUAAUGGGAGGUGGGCAGAAGUCCAAAUGGAUGGGCCAUUGCUCUGUUGCUCUUGAAUGGAGAAAAAGUGAUGGGCCUGCUUUUCACAUAAGAAAAGCUAAGCUUCUGAGCUGUUGUAGAAUUUUAAGAUGGCAUCUUUGGCUAUACUUGACUGGUAUUGGAUAUCAAGAAGUAAUGGCUGUAGGGUGGACCCAGGUUCCAGGUGUGGUGCCCUCUGGAUGUUGCUCUGGACUCCAGCUCUCAUCAGCCCUAGCCAGCAUAGCCAAUGGUCAGGGGUGGUAGGAAUUGUCCCCAGAGGGGCACCAUGUUGGCAACCCCUGGCAUACGAGAUGCUGGUACCUGAAGAUUCUACAUGAUACAUUCUUGCAAUUAUGUUGUUGUUGGCAUCCAUCUAUCUCGAGAGACAAAGGAGUGCGCCUCUGAGAGUAAAGUCAGACUGCUGCAUUGGCAGCUCUAAAGUGACCUCUCUUGGCACUAGCCUGGACAGUGUGUAUGGAGGUCCUGGGCUGCCCAGAUGACAACCCUCUCCCCUCCAUGGCCUCGCUGAUGUGGUCCAAAGGAAAGCAGAGCAAUUUGUUUGGCACCGGCUUGGCUGCAGGAGCUGCUGGAAGGAGGCAUAGAAAGUGCCAUCCAACAGUCUUAGGUACUCCACUCCUUAGCCUUUUCUUGCCCUGAAGAUACCCCACAAGGCAGCGGAGGUUUUGGAUCAGAGUUUUCCUUCUCCUAGGUGGGCUACCUUUCCAGGUUGAUGAGCCCCAACUGCUCCUCACUUCCCUCUACAGCUCCUGCAGAAACCACCUUCUUGACCACUGGGCCCACUAUUGGUCUUGUUGACUUAAUCCGCCAGAGCCUGUCUUCGCAUGAAGGGGACGUUCCCAUCGGCUACCCUCACAUAGUUCAGCUGGCCAGUUGAAGCUGUUUCCUGGGUUGUGGCAAUUUUCUGUCCUGAUUUGCAUCCUCUAAAUUUCACAAAGCUGCUUCAACUGAUGAUAGAGCGCCAAGAGGAUUAUAAAACAUUGUAAACAAGCCUUGGCGAACAAUAUUAUAAGGACGCGAUGGAGCAGUGCCACAACUACAAUGCCCGACUGUGUGCUGAGAGAAGUGUCCGAUUGCCAUUUCUGGACUCGCAGACUGGAGUGGCGCAGAGUAACUGCUACAUCUGGAUGGAGAAGCGGCACAGGGGGCCAGGUUUGGCAUCUGGCCAGCUCUAUUCCUACCCGGCUCGGCGCUGGCGGAAAAAACGUCGUGCUCACCCUCCUGAGGAUCCAAGGCUUUCCUUCCCUUCCAUUAAGCCAGACACUGAGCAGACCCUAAAGAAAGAGGGUUUGAUCUCUCAGGAUGGCAGCAGCCUGGAGGCCCUUUUGAGGACGGACUCUCUUGAGAAGCGCAGUCUGCCUGAUCCUCGUACUGACGAAGACAGCCUCGGCGAGUUUCCUGUUGCCAAUAGUCGCGCGCGGAAGCGGAUCCUGGAACCUGAUGAUUUCUUGGAUGAUCUAGAUGAUGAGGACUACGAAGAAGACACGCCAAAACGCCGGGGCAAAGGCAAGGCCAAGGGCAAAGGAGUUGGGAGCGCCCGGAAAAAGCUGGAUGCAGCCAUUUUGGAAGACCGAGACAAACCGUAUGCCUGUGACAAUAGUUACAAACAAAAGCAUACCUCGAAACCUCCUGACCGAGUCUGUGGGAAGCGUUACAAGAACCGUCCUGGGCUGAGUUACCACUAUGCGCACUCCCACCUGGCUGAGGAAGAGGGGGAAGACAAGGAAGACUCGCAGCCCCCCACGCCUGUAUCACAGAGAUCUGAGGAGCAGAAAUCCAAGAAAGGUCCGGAUGGCUUGGCCUUGCCCAACAAUUACUGCGACUUCUGCCUUGGAGACUCCAAGAUCAAUAAGAAAACAGGGCAACCCGAAGAGCUGGUUUCAUGUUCUGACUGUGGACGAUCAGGGCACCCUUCAUGCCUUCAGUUCACACCAGUUAUGAUGGCGGCGGUGAAGACCUACCGCUGGCAGUGUAUUGAGUGCAAGUGCUGUAACAUCUGUGGCACCUCUGAGAACGAUGACCAGCUGCUCUUCUGUGAUGAUUGUGACCGUGGCUACCAUAUGUACUGCCUCACUCCGCCCAUGUCAGAACCACCGGAAGGAAGCUGGAGCUGUCACCUGUGUCUGGACUUGCUGAAGGAGAAAGCCUCCAUCUAUCAGAACCAGAACUCCUCCUGAUGGGCGCUGGGGCAGCAGAGAAGAAAGGGAGCUUGAAAGAGGAACCGCCAGUUGUCCACUACCUUGCCGGGCUCUUUUUCCCUUUCUUGGUUUAGUCUUUUUCCUAUGCUGCCUCCCACUCUUGGUCAGUGUCUCCUUCACCAGUCGGAUCCAGCCCCUGCCAGCUCUCUCCGUUUUCCUCUGCACAGCGGUUUUUGGGUUUAGAACUUCUCUUUCUCUCUCUCUCUCCCUGCUCUCAUGGGAGGGAGGACUCUCCAUGCCCUUUCCUCACUUGCCUCCAGGCUGGCUGAGAAGCACCAAACAGAUCAUCAUAUCUACGGCCUUAAUACUCAAGGACAAAUAUAUAUAUAUAGAAAUAUAUCCUGACCGAACUGGGCUUGCUGGGAGGAGGCGACUCCUUCUCAUCUCACUAACAUUGUGCUAUUGAAUCAACAGCUGAUCUGCAGGCUUCUAUGUCUCCGAAAGCAGAGCCAGCAAUUUUAAAAACUUUUUUAAAACGCAAAACCACCAUGAGGACUCUUGAUACUACUCACAGGGCUUAUAAGCUCCCUCCCAGUCCUUGGUCACCCUCUCCAUUAGAAAGUGGUUUUGUCCCUGAUAUAAUUACAAGUGGAUCUGGUUCUGGUCUGGAGCAGCCUCCUAGACCCGAGAGAACCCUGGGAAGGCACUGUCCAAUGGAAAACCUACCUUUGGCCUUCAACAGUGUGGACCAGGACUUGGCUCAGGCAGGUGCGAAAACAAAGUGACUUCGUUUACCUCAGUCAGGGAAGAUCUUUUGAGGCUUCCCCUUGUCCUGAUGGAGGCUGGAUCCUGACCCAAAGAACCCUCCCAUUGUUAACACGAAACACCAUUGCCUCCUUCCUUGUUUUCACGUACACAAGGCUAUAUAAAUAUAUUUUUAACCAGGGGUUGUGUCGGGGUGGGGAAUUGGGAUUGGGGGAAAAGUCUUCUUUAGAGCAGAGAGAGGGUUCCAGCACUUCCCCCCACCUCUCUUUUGCAAGCCCUUAACCCAUGGGGUGUUGACAGCAUUUCUGUGCCAUGGUGGGUUUUAGUAUGUUUUUAAUUCUCGGGGGAACGUUUCCAGUCCUGGCACCAUUUUACAUUUCCCCUCGUAUCUUCCUCCCACCAUAUGGGCCUCUACAGGAAUAGGUGAGUUGCUCGGAGGUGGAUGAAUGGAGGGCCAGCAGCUCCUUCUUCCCCGGAGCAGGGCUUGUUGGCAGGAGUUAAUCCUCCCAAAGUUGCCUGGUCUCCCCCCUGUGCUACGUGCCUCUCUGGGGACGUUGGCCACAGAUCUCUGGGGUUGCCUGUGCGGGUCACUUCUUUGUUUCCUUUCCCUAGCCUCACUUGAUGCCUAUUUGCUGAGUCCUGAUUUCCCACAUUCUCUGUGUGCGUGUCUGCAGGUGGAGGGCGAGCCCUUAUACCUUUGGGCUGCUCUCCAAGGAGAAGUAAACAAGCAUGCGGAAGCCUCCUCCCUUUCAAGAACGGAAGCUCUCUUCUGCAUCCGUCCUGCCUUCCCCUUUGGCUGCCUUCUUCACCUCCCCACCCCCCACUCUCUGGAGGAAUCGGUCCUUAAUAAGAAGUGACAUUUUGAAAAUCUUCCUUGGAAAUUUCCACCUGUCUUCCCCCUAACCCCCUUUGUUUUGUAUGGCACCCCAUUUGGGGAGGAGAGGUGUUUUUCUCUGGAAUAGGGUUCUGUGUAAUAUACUAAUGAUGUGCCUGUUUUUUUAAAAAAUUGACUUCAUACCUACCUCCAAAGCCCCUUACCCCAGUCAUACAUCCUCUUGCACUCCCCCAAAAUGCACUCCCCCUUCUCUGCCCGCAUCUUUGCAGAGGCAAUACAUGAAGACUCAGGGGGACUGGCAAAGCAGAGGGGGCUGGUUCUUUUUAGAAUAGCUUGCCUCACCGAGUUAACAUCCAUCCUGUGAGUGGGCACUGCAGCCUCUUGCCUCGCCUUUCCCUAAGGCAGGGGUGGGGAACUGAUCCCCCCCCCAAAAUAUGUUGUUGGGCUAUGGCACCCAUCAUAAUCUCUGACCCAUUGGCCUUGCUGGCUGCCGGAGCUGCUGGAAGUUGGACGCCACACCCCCAGCCAAACCGCAGGAAGGGUGCCAUCCUUGCCUUUGUUCUCACUACCCUGCUAGCUAAGGUGGGUCUUGGUGGGGCCGUAUUUGGCCUCUGGAAGGGGAAAGAGGCACUUUGGGAACCAAAACGGAAGCUUUCACCCACCCACCCCUGCCCUCAUUCGCUAUGCCAUGUGGACUAGAGGCUUUCAGGAUUAAAAAGGUCCACAGACUCCCCGUUGAGUCUGUAAGGGAUGUCAAGAGAGGUGGAGUCAUUGUGCACUUACAGCCCUGGAUCCCCUUGGGGGGCCGCAACCCCACACAGGGAAGCCAUUUUGGCUUCUUUAAGCUUGCACUUGAUUUCUCUCCCAUAGCUGGUUGGGAUUGGGUAGGAGGGAACAGGUAGAGGCGGCCUGUUAAUGAAGGGGUGGGGGGGGCAAACCUUGCGUUGGGGGGGGAGUUGCUGUCCCAACCCCAGAUGGGGGCAUGCCCUUGUUCAAAGCAUCACACCCGUGUCUUAAAACUCACAACCCGAAUAAACACCAAAAUGGCUUGUUUGGACUAA